GGAAAUCCAAGUACUUGUUCAUAGGCGCGUAGAAGAUAGAUUUAUAGGCUUUAGAUUUCUGAACACAAAACAAACCUUAAAAAACGAACUUAUGCUUUUCAUUAUAUUUCCCCUUUUAUUUUACAUAAUGCCUUUUGUAUUAUUUAUUAUUAGUUACAUAGGAAAUUUCAAUGAAUCGGAUUUCUAUUCCUUUCGAUCUUGUUGCGUUAUCUGUACAGGGGACUUUCCAGCUUUUCUUUCGUAUAACAGUCUUCAUGUCUUUUGAGCAUAUUAAUGAAAUAUGAGUAAAAAUAUAAACUUAUUAUACUAAAAAGUUAGUAUCUAAGGGAGAAAUGUAUUAAUAAAUUUGGAAAGACUAGUAGUUUGAGAAUUCGUGUGGUUAAUAGCAUUCUCUCCAGAAUUGACAAUGCUAUUACUACUAUCCUAAUAUAAUGCUUAGUUGGGCGGUAAUAUUUUUUUCCCUUCGAUAUUUCUCUCUUCCUUGCAAAUUUAGACUUCACGAGUUGAUUCAUUUCUGUGUUAUUAAUUAUCCACCGAUCAGAGCCAAUAAUUAUCCUGAUCACUUAAAAUUAUGGGAAACCGAUUGUAAUAUUCUGGAGCAUUUUACACUAAAAGCUGUUUAA